AUGCUAGUACAUGGGAAAGAAGACUUCCUUUCAGACAUAGCUUACAUCAUCCUGGAACUGGUCAUUGCGGUGCUGGCCAUCCUGGGCAACAUCCUGGUCUGCUGGGCGGUCUAUCUGAACAGCAACUUGCAGAACGUCACCAACUAUUUUGUGGUGUCCCUGGCUGCUGCUGACAUUGCUGUGGGCGUGCUGGCAAUCCCUUUUGCCAUCACCAUCAGCACUGGCUUCUGUGCCUUCUUCUAUGGCUGCCUUUUCAUUGCCUGCUUUGUCCUGGUCUUGACUCAGAGUUCGAUCUUCAGCCUCCUUGCCAUCGCCAUUGACAGGAUCAUUGCCAUCCGCAUACCCCUCAGGUACAAUGGCUUGGUGACUGGCUCUCGAGCUAAAGGCAUUAUUGCCAUCUGCUGGGUACUGUCUUUCAUCAUUGGCUUGACACCAAUGCUAGGGUGGCACAAGCGCGCCCAGAUCGAAGAGCUGGGUUCCAACAGGUCCUCUCCCAUCAACUGCAGCAACAGCAUGGUGGUAUGUCUCUUUGAGGCCGUGGUCACCAUGGAGUACAUGGUCUACUACAACUUCUUUGCCUGCGUGCUCUUGCCCCUCCUCCUCAUGUUUGGUAUCUACUUGAAGAUCUUCAUGGCAGCCCGGCGUCAGCUGAAGCAGAUGGAGAACAAGAUGGUCCAUGGUGAACGUUCCCGCUCCACCUUGCAGAAAGAGGUCCAUGCAGCCAAGUCUUUAGCCAUCAUUGUUGGGUUGUUUGCAGUCUGCUGGCUUCCACUACAUAUAAUUAACUGCUUUACUCUUUUUUGCCCAAACUGUGCCCACGCUCCCCUCUGGCUGAUGUACCUGGCCAUCAUCCUGUCUCACGCCAACUCGGUCGUGAAUCCUCUAAUUUAUGCCUACCGGAUCAGGGAGUUCCGCUAUACCUUCCGCAAAAUUAUCAGCCAGCACAUCCUGGGCCGCAAGGAGCCCUUCAAGGCAGGAGCAGCCAGCUCCAGGACUUCCACUCAUGGUGGGGACCUGGAGAAUGCCAGCAUACGGAUCAGUGAGUAUGCACUGGAGGUGUACGCCAAUGGAGAAAUCCACAGGGAUCCUGAAAAGCAGGACUUAAACAAAUGCAAAGCUGCCUUGGAAUGGCACCAGAAUGGAAAUGCUCUGGAUGUGGAGACAAAUGGGCAUCUCCCACACUCCUGCAAAAAUGGACUUCUCUCAGAUGCAUGCAGGACCAGGGAGCUUCACAGUGAAGAGCUCAUUGAUGCCCAGCUGUCUUACUCAGAGCUGGACAGAGCAGCCUUCGCAGCAGCUGAUGUGUCCUGA